AUUGAGUUGGACCAUGCCCAUUUCUGAACAGCACAAGAAGGGCCUUCAGGAUCUUCUUGUAAAUGAAGAGAAUAGGCCAGUCUUGAUCCAGUUGGCCAAAGCAACUACCAAAAAUGUUUGCAGGACCGAUAAUCCAGAGGUUGCUAUUUUUAAACUUACAGAAGCCCUUGGACUCCUAAUCACACACCUUCCGGAUAUGUACAUACUGCUGUCAAAGCGCGCGAUAACCAAGGAAAUGCUGUUCAAGUACUUGACGUCCAGAGUGCCAGACCUAGCCACCAAUUUCACCAAGCCGGACCUAGUUACCAAAGUAAUCAACUACUGGGGCCAAGAUUGUACACAGAGAUCAUCCCCGUUUGGUAGCAAAGCUGUUGUCUCCGCUGAUGCAAUAAGGACCGAAGAGGACUAUCCCAUUCACGCAAUUGCUCGGAAGUUUGGCGAAUGGUUCUUUGAACGCUUUAAUGCAAACAGUCUUAGGCUUGUGGACCUCUGGACCGACGCGACCCUGCACCUUACUAUAAUGGCCAGCGACGGGAUCAAUGAGCUUGAAUGCAUGACGGCUGCAGAAGUGUUGGCAGCGUUAACCGGCACCAAGCAGCAGUUCGGCUUCCACUUUAAUCCAAAUUUAACGCACGCCGGCAUCCAGGGUCGCAUGGAUGCGUACGGCCAGGUUGUGGUGCUUUGCUGCGGAACCCUCCACACAGCCGAGAGUAGCGUUGGGGUGUUCGAGUGCGCCUUUGGCCUGCUGCGGGACCCAUAUUCGGAAAACAACUGGAAGCCCAAGAAAGUCAAGUGCUUGUUGAAAAGCAAGCUGCGUCCCCCUGAGCUUCAUAGUCUGUGCUCGAGCGAGACCCUGCAGGAAGCCCUAGCUCUAUCAAUGCCUAGCGACGACCUUGACUUGGAUGCCGUAAAUUGAAGACUGUUAUUGAACUAGCAUUAGUACGUGUACACAGCGAAAUUAAGUAGAAUAGGACUCACCUUAUGUUUACUUUCCGCCAGUC